AGCGGAAGUAUUGUUUCUGCAGCUGCCGCUGAGGAAGCGCAGACUCACAAGUCAGAGAGAACUCCGGUUAAAUCUCCAGAACAAACGAGAAGAUGGAAAACAAUCUUUGUAUCGACAGUUUAAUCCUGAAGCUCCACGAUGUGAACGCGGUGAAGUUUGGGGAAUAUAAGCUGAAGAGCGGCAUGCUGACACCCAUUUAUAUCGACCUGAGAGUCCUCGUCUCGUACCCCGCGCUCAUGAACCAGGUAUCAAAUCUCAUCUACCAGCGAGUGCAAGAAGAGGGGCUGCAGUUUGACUCAGUGUGUGGGGUUCCAUACACAGCCCUGCCUUUGGCCACAAUUAUCUGCUCUAGACAUGAACUGCCCAUGCUCAUCAGGCGAAAGGAGGUCAAGGACUAUGGAACCAAGCGUCUGGUGGAGGGGAUAUGUCGUGAGGGGGAUACAUGUCUUAUCAUUGAGGACACAGUGACCAGUGGCGCCAGUAUCCUGGAGACUGCUGAAGUGCUCUACAAAGAGGGACUGAAGGUGACAGAUGCCAUUGUACUAAUGGACAGAGAGCAAGGCGGCGUGGAUAUGUUGGCCUCUCAGGGAAUCAAACUCCAUCCCAUCAUUUCCAUGUUCAAGCUGCUCAACGUGCUGCUGGCGGCCGAACGCAUCGACGCCCAAACUGCCCAGAGCGUCCGCAAGUUCAUCCUGGACAAUAACACUUUCAGGCCCAAGGAGGAGAAUGGCAAUGAAGUUCCUGCCACCAAGAAGCCAUGUGUGGAACAGAACCUGGAGCUGAGCUAUGCUGACAGAGCCAAACUUCCAAAUAUUCACCCCCUGGCAUCAAAGCUGCUGAACAUCAUGGAGGAGAAGCAGUCUAACCUCUGUGUGUCCGCUGACGUGACCAGCAGCGAGGAGCUUCUCCAGCUGGCAGACUCUCUAGGUCCCAAGAUCUGCAUGCUGAAGACACACGUAGACAUCCUCAAGGACUACACAGUGGCCUUCAGCCAGAAACUGCAGGCUUUGGCCGAGAAACACAACUUCCUCAUUUUUGAAGAUCGCAAGUUUGCUGACAUUGGGAACACAGUCAAGCACCAGUAUGAAGGUGGUAUGUACCAGAUCUCAUCUUGGUCCCACAUAGUGAAUGCUCAUGCGGUUCCAGGGCCCGGGGUGGUGAAGGGCCUGAGCGCUGUAGGAAAGGCUCUGGGCCGAGGCUGUUUGCUCAUUGCACAGAUGAGCUCACAGGGCUCAUUGGCCACUGGUGAAUACACAAAGACUGUGCUGAAGAUGGCAGAAGAGCAGUCAGACUUUGUGAUCGGCUUUAUCUGUGGCUCUAAGAUCACUAAGAGACCAGAGUUCAUCCACAUGACCCCUGGAGUGCAGAUGCAGGCUGGAGGUGAUGUGUUGGGCCAGCAGUACUCCACCCCAGAGGAAGUUAUCCAUAACAAGGGCUCCGAUGUCAUCAUUGUGGGACGGGGUGUGUUGGAGGCCCCUGAUAGGCUGAAAGCUGCUGAGUCAUACAGAAAGUCAGGCUGGGAUGCUUACACAAAGAGACUGGGCCAAAGUGGCCAAUGAGAGCUCAGGAGUAGCAUCUUUAGCAUUACGUCUAAUUUCAAAUUUAAACUACAGUUCUAAUAAUGAACCUCUGCAGAUGACCUGAAAGUAUUUUUGCACAUAAUUGGUAUACAUCGAAACAUGUAUACACGUGCAUCUGAACACCACACUGCCACACUGAAAUGCACACCUGUUCCUACACCAGUGCACAGUUAGUUAACAUUUGCAAGGGAUACUUGGCAACUGUGGGGAAUCACAAACUUUACUGUUGAACAUGUGCAUAUGUGCUCUUUUGAUUCUGUCCUCUAUGAAUAAGCUGCUGUAAAUGCCUUCUUCUGAUUCCAUCCUAUUAAUGAGCUGCACAACCUGAGCUAACAUCUGAUCUGCUGAGCUACUUCUGACCAGGUUUAGACCAGAUCUAGGACCAUGUUUAAGUUUGGAGAUAAACUGCAGGUUACCUAGACUUGCUUAGUUUGUCAGUACUGUAUUUUGCAGUGAUCUGCUAAAAUAUCAUCAUUCCCUUGGCAAAGGCUACCACUUCCAGUCAAGAUGAAGCCUUUCUUUGUCACAAACCCACCAUGCCUGUGUAUGUUUUUCUAUAAUUGCUGGAAUACCCGACCAAGAUUUGUAAUCCAAAUUAGAGUGGGUAUAGAUUGUAUUUCAAACAAUAGUGUAAUGUUUCUGUGGUAAUUCAGGGCAUUUUUCAGCACGCAGUGGAGCAGCUUUGUGUCCUUUAGUUGCCCUAUCUGGAUUUUCCACAUCACUGCUCACACGAUCACGACAUACUAAUUACUGCAAGACUUUCAAACUCCUUUAAAACCUACCAAAUCUCUGGUAGUAACAGUCUUUAAUUUUGAGCUCCAGCUUCACAAAUCAUCAGUAUUUAGUUGAUUAAACAGAUUGGUCAGUCAUUUCAAUCAAUAACUAAGUUGACUGUUUUUGUUGUUGUUGUUGAUGAUAUGGUUUCAGCCUUUUUCAGAGGAUCAGUGCAGCCCCUCUGGUUACUGUGAAUUACAAAAUGAGGGAAUGCUGAUUGGCCAGUCAUUGGCCAUUAAGUCCAAUGCCAUCCAUAUUGUUUAACUUGACUUACCUGAGCUGAGGCAGUAGUUUUUCUAAAGACAUCAACAUAAUGUAACAUGAUCAGCGAGCUCACAGAACAAGUCUAGAAGUUGUUACUUAUUGUUUAUCCACUCAUCCCAUCCAGAAGAUGAGUGGAUAAACAAGUUUUGUUUAUACAGGAGAAAACCUGCUGCAAUUUGACACCUCCUUUUAAAAGUAGACAAAUUGAAUUUUGCAAACACUGUCCUGGAGCCAUAACAGUUGUGUGGUUAUCACUAAACCUACAUGCAGUGAAAAGGCUUCAUGGUACACUUGGUGGUAUCCUUGAUUUAAUGAAUAAAUGAGUAGUUUCUUUACAGUCACCUUAUUUGAUUUUUCCUUCCAUGUAGUUUCCUUUUAGAACAUACAUGAAGAAAUGCAGUAAAGUGAGACUUGAUACUUAAAUAAAUCAUAUAUUGAAAAAACAUUGUUUUAUGUUUAAUGCUAAAUAAUGUUCAACUACUGUUGAUAUUGAUUCUUAAUGUAAUUCUGGGGUUGGCUGAGACGUCAUGAGAAAGUUUGGCUGUGUUUCAGGGUUUAGGGUAACUCAAUAUAAGCCAAUAAAAGAAAUGAUACUGAGUAAAUAUGAUAAGUAUGAACUGUCAUUUAUGAAUGAAAAAAACAUUUUAUGAUUUCCAGUUUCCGCAAAACCUAAAUUUUCUGUAUUUUCAUGAUCUGAAGAUUUUUCUGAAGAGUCUUUACUGCUUGGCAAUAUGGUUGAACUGAUUAUUAAAAUAUUCACAUGGUCAUUUUA